GACGAACACAUAGUAGAAACUGUUUAAACGGUGGGUUUGAGCAACGGCGUGAACGCUGGCGCCUCACGGCUAGAAACAGGGAGUCAUCUGUUGCACGACCACCUUGAGGUGAUCAGUACUUGAAUCAAAGGAGCCACUGCACCGUAAUUAAGGCACCAAGACGCACUAUCAUCAUUUGAUACUUAAAAAGAAAUGGUGCAAAACAAGAUAACAGAAGUCACUGGAUUCCAUCACUCCUUCAAGGGUCAAAACCCUUUCAAGACUGAUGGAUUCAUGGAAUCAGAAUCCCAUCUUGAAUUGUCCUUCAAGUUAGACUGCUCAAGACCUGACAUGCCAGCCAGCCAACCCAUUGACAUCCCUGAUGCCAAGAAGAGAAACAAAAAGAAGAAGAGAUGCAGAGCCACUGACAGUUUCUCUGGACGCUUUGAAGAUGUUUACAAACUACAAGAUGAGGUUCUUGGAGAAGGGGCUUAUGCUGUUGUACAGACCUGCAUCAAUCUGAUCACCAGGAAAGAAUAUGCAGUUAAGAUCAUUGAGAAGAGGCCGGGGCACAGUCGGAGCCGUGUCUUUAGGGAGGUGGAAAUGCUCUACCAGUGCCAGGGCCACAGAAACAUUUUGGAACUGGUGGAAUACUUUGAGGAAGAGGACAAAUUUUAUUUGGUCUUUGAGAAACUGAGAGGUGGUUCUAUCUUGACUCACAUACACAGACGGCAACACUUUAAUGAGCAGGAGGCCAGCAUAGUGGUACAGGACAUCGCCAGUGCUCUGGAUUUCCUUCACAACAAAGGGAUGGCACAUCGAGACCUUAAGCCAGAGAACAUCCUCUGUGAACACAGUGACAGGAUUUCUCCAGUGAAGAUCUGUGAUUUUGACCUGGGUAGUGGGAUCAAGUUGAACAGCGACAGCUCACCCAUUUCCACCCCUGAACUAUUGACUCCGUGUGGUUCUGCUGAAUACAUGGCUCCUGAGGUGGUGGAGGCCUUUAAUGAAGAAGCUAGCAUCUACGACAAGCGCUGUGACUUGUGGAGCCUUGGCGUCAUCCUUUACAUCAUGCUGAGUGGAUACCCGCCCUUUGUGGGUCACUGUGGAACAGACUGUGGUUGGGAUUGGGGAGAGCCCUGCCAAGCCUGCCAGAGCAUGCUGUUUGACAGUAUUCAGGAAGGGAAAUAUGAGUUUCUGGAGAAGGACUGGGCACAUAUCUCCCCUGCAGCCAAAGACCUAAUCUCCAAGCUGUUGGUGCGGGACGCCAAAGACCGCCUAAGUGCAGCCCAAGUGCUGCAGCACCCAUGGGUCAAGGGGUGUGCACCCAACACUGUAUCAGCAUCCAUACUACAUCAGAGGGGUGGUCGUGCACAGGACUUGACGUUCUUCGCAGGACAGGCUGUAGCCAUGAACCGGGAGCUGGCUGAGAGGGAGGAGAGUGAGGAGCAGCAGCAGCUCGAGAAGGAGCUCUCUUCCCCAUUUCUCUCCAGCAGCUCCGGGUCCGUGCUGCUGUCUCCUCCCUCCAGGUCCAAGCUGGCCCGCUGCAGGAAGACCGCAGGAAGUCAACACAGAGGGCCGGUGUGUGCUGCUGAACUCCGCCAGCUCCUCGCCCCUCUAGUUAUUGUGGGCGAUUGUGCCUGAUUUUUACCAUUCUUCGGCCUCCGAUUUUCCCCUCCAACAACCUCUGUUGACAUCUUCAACUAGGCAGUGUAUUGACCUCCAACCACUCCGCCCACUUAAUCUGUGGAUCAUAAGCUACUGUGGGAGGAAUGUUUGUAGCACUUAAAGCACACAAACCUCAAAGUUCCCAGCAAACAUAGUUUUGAGUGGGUAAAGGCUGUUGUGGCUGGAAAAGACAAAUGUUUACGUCUGUGUGUCUCCGGACUCUUGAUGUAACAAUGUUUAUGAAAAAGCCCCUGAGAACCAAAGGACUCAUGUCAAUCUGCUUCCCUUCAAAAAGCUUGGUCCCACUGAAGCCAUUUAAUUUAAUUUUCCUUUUUCUUUGAACAUUAGAAAAAAACGCAUGCUCGCAGGGGUUUGUGCUUAAGCAAUCUUUAAGACUUAAAGUAUUUCACCUUCAGUCACUCGAGAGGGUGAUAUUGAUGGCCGACUAUUUAAUUUACCCACAACUGUUGCUGAGACUUAAGAGGCAAUUUGAAAGAUUUAUUAUUCAAGUUAUGCAGGGCCGAAAUUGCAGCCAUGUUGUGUGGGGUUAUCUUUUGUCCUGAAUUUUCAGACCUCAUUUACUAAUCUCCCCCUUGCUCCACUGUGUUACUGUAAGAACUCUUGUUUUCUGCCAAGAAAAUCUCAGUGUCUUUGCUGUGUUUUUGGCAGAAACCUCAGGAUCUCUUUCUGAAUGGGGAACCAAAGCAGAGUUUAAGCAGAUUAGGGUGCAAAACACUCUGUUUGUAAAUUCAUUGGAGUUACACUUUAGUAUUCAAUUUUGUCCUUGCACUGGUGGGUUUAGUCUUUAAUCAGAGAGAAUUGAACGGUGCAGCACAACAUCUGAACAAAGGCUCUCAUGAAUUGGGUUGCACAAUUGUUUUCUUCCCUUUUUACAUUUCAUGGCCUCAAAUACCAUGUAGAGGUAUUUAAGGAACUGACAGUUGUGCUUUUUCAGGGCUCUGCAGCAACUUAAGAAAAAAAAAUCAACUAUUUUCACCAUUCAUUCAGUUAGUCAUUGAACAUUUUUGUGAACACACAAAUAACUUGGGUGUGCUUUUGUCAAUGACUCCGUGCACUGAUUGAAUAAAGGUGAUUUAUUGUAUGAAA